AGUUCAGAUAAAGGAUUUGUAUGCCAACAUGGACCUAAAGAAUGCCGUGGUAACACAAUACAUAACUGUGUAUUGAAACGUAUUAAUAAUUCUAAAGCUCAAGUAGAUUACGUCAAUUGCGCUAUGUAUGAUCCAGAAUACCCAGGACACAUCGAGAAAACGUGUGUCGAAGAAAGUGGCGUAGACGUAGAACAAGUUAAAGCAUGUUACACAUCCGAAGAGGGCUAUCAGAUGAUGCUGAAGGCAGAAACAGAAACUAAAAAUAUGACACCUGGACCGCUGUUUGUACCAACAAUUGUGUUUGAUGACAAAUACAACCUCGGCGAUCAAAACCAGGCGUUCGCAAACUUCGAAUCUACACUCUGUAAGAAGCUAGUCAGUCAUGGGCAUGUAAAUGUGUGCUCAAACGGUGUGAUAGUCAACCGGCAAACUUGCUAGACAAUUUAUGCAUGAACUUUAUUAAUCAUAGUAUAUAUAUUUAGCUGAUAACUGAUACUAUACUGUUUAUCUUAUUACAAGUAUAUAGAUUAAGAUUAAUUUUGUACAUAAAUAUUAUGUAUGUUAUUAAAUCUUCAAACUUUUAUA